AUGCUUUCACUACGGUCAAUUAUUUCGCCCCUGGCUGUAGCUAUUCUUUUCCUUGUUGCAAUCGCAUCCUUCGCACCUACUUCCAAUGCCCAAGCAAGUGCUGACGCAAAGCACUGGGCCCUUCUGGUGGCGGGAUCUAAGGGAUAUAGUGACUAUCGCCACCAGGCAGACAUCUGUCACGCGUACCAUGUUCUGCACAACCACGGCAUUUCAGAUGAACACAUAGUGGUUAUGAUGUACGACGACAUCGCUCAAGACCCAUCCAAUCCAACGCCCGGAAUCAUCCUCAACCAUCCCAAUGGCUCCAACGUUUACGAAGGAGUGCCCAAGGACUACGCGGGAGACCUCGUCACUCCGGAGAACUUCUUGAGCAUCCUGCAGGGUAAGAAAAUCGAAGGAGGCAGCGGGAAGGUAAUCGCAAGUGGUCCAAACGACCACGUGUUCGUCUACUUUUCUGAUCAUGGUAGUCCUGGCCUAAUUGUUUUCCCGAACGACUACCUUCAAGCGACAAACUUGAUCCGUGUCAUAAAACUGAUGCACGAGCAGAAAGCGUUUGGAAAACUGGUCUUCUACCCCGAAGCUUGUUACUCCGGGUCAAUGUUCGAAAACCUCUUGCCAGACGACAUCAACGUGUAUGCGACGACGGCGGCCAACAGUGACGAAAAAUCCUACGCCUGUUAUUGGGACGAUUCCAGAAAAACAUUUUUGGGAAAUUUGUACAGCGUCAAUUGGAUGAAACACUCUGAUCGCGAGGGUCUGGACAUGGUAACCCUCCAGGAACAGUUCAAGUUCGUCAGAUCUCAGACCAACACGAGUCACGUCAUAGAAUUUGGUGACUUGAAGAUAGCCAACCUGAAGGUCAGUGAUUUCCAAGGCGCCAAGUCUGCUCUUUCCAUAAAUUUGCCCUUUGCACCCUUGGAUGCCGUCGACAGCAGGGAUGUGCCCAUUGCCAUUGUUCGCAAGAAACUUCAGAAGGCGACGGACCCUCAGAUCAAGCUUUCACUGAAGCACGAGCUCGAAGAAAUUCUUCGAAGCCGUGCUUUCCUGAAGGAAAAAAUGGUGGAGCUGGUGUCGUUUGUGACGCUCGGUGAUGCUGAGAAGACUGAGCAGUUGCUCGAGGCGAAGAUUCCUCUGAGGGACCACAUCUGCUACGAGCAAGCCGUGCGAUACUUCGACGCCACGUGCUUUGAACUCUCAACUAACCCUCACGCUGUCACCCACUUGCACUUGCUCGUCCACAUGUGCGAACAAAAAAUUUCCGUCAGUCAGAUUUGCGAAGCGAUGGACAAUGUCUGCACGCAUCCAACGGUCGUCGGCAUCGUCUAG